AUGACGGGCAAUAACAACAGCUUUAGAAGAGGGCCGAACUUGGCAAGUGGGGAAGGGGGAGGCCGCACGGCAUUUGUUAUUGUUGCAGGUAGCGGCAGUGGCGGAGGAAGUGGAGGAGUCAGUGGUGAGGAGGGCGCAGCCCCCAUAGUGGAGUCGUUGGCGCCUCUGUGGUCCGUGCCUGUAGCGGCGCCCGCGGCAUCUCUGUGGAACACGGCCCACAGGGAGCCUGUGCCGCCCGGCGAGCCCGUGGAAGCCCUAGGCUCCAGGGUUGCAGGUACUAAGACAUUCAUUCCUCUCGAGCAACCGGGUGCGAGCUCCCCUGGCUUACAGGAUUCAAAUUCGAGCGGGAAUUCUGGAUCGACAUCAGGACAACAUGCGGCAGAUGAUUCAGAGAUUCCUGCGGAAGGAGAAGGUUCAAAUGGUAAGGACCCCGAUGAUCCCAUGAACUUGGGGGACCCAGGGGGAGGAACAACACCACAUGAAGAGCAGUUAGCACUAGAGAGUGGGAAAGGGCAGGUUCAAACUUCAAAAAUAGAAGAUGGCAACUCGGAAGGAGCCCAAGGAUAG